AUGUUCCUCACUGUGAGAGGAUUUGCGAGAAGAAGCUGGAAUGCGGUCAUCUCUGCCAAUCCUUGUGCCACACUGGGGAAUGUGACCCUUGCACCCAAACGAUGGAGAUUGACUGCCGCUGUGGCCGAGUUACGAGCGAGACGAUCUGCCAUGAGGGAAAUGUCCAACAUCCCCUAUGUUUCAAGAUAUGCCAGGCUACUCGCAACUGCGGAAGACAUCGAUGCGGAGAGCAUUGUUGCCCGGGUGAAAAGAAGGCAUCUCAGCGUAUUGCUCAGCAGAAGAAGCAACGCCUGGGCCCUGAUUCGCUACCAGUUGAGGCCGAGCAUAUCUGUGUCGCCGUCUGCGGACGACCACUUAAGUGCGGUAGUCACUUCUGCGAACAACUCUGCCACCGCGGAGCUUGCCAAAGUUGCCCCGAGGCUAUCUGGGAAGAAGUUUCGUGCAAUUGUGGCCAAACAGUCUUGCAUCCUCCACAACCAUGCGGAACGAGACAGCCAUCUUGCACUAACCAGUGCCAGCGGCAGACUGCAUGUGGACAUCCUUCUGUUGACCAUCAGUGUCAUCCUGAUGAUGUAUCCUGCCCGCCAUGCACAUACCUCGUUCAGAAGCGAUGCAUCUGUGGAAAAACGACCUUUCACAACAAGCCUUGUCAUUUGCAAGAGGCUCAUUGCGGAGAGCAAUGCGGGCAGAAACUCUCCUGCGGGCUUCAUACAUGUAAAAAGCUAUGUCAUCGCCCCGGAGAAUGCGGAGAUGCUCAGCACGGUUGCGAGCAAAUAUGCGGAAAACCCAAGCUGCUAUGUAACCACCCAUGCCAGAGCGUCUGCCAUGGACAAACUCCCUGUAAAGAAUCAACAGCUUGUCAGUACGAGCAACCCUACUCCGAGUCGACCAGAGAUUCGAUGUGAUGAGGAGUGCGAACGACUUGACCGUAACCGUCGAUUAGCCGCAGCUCUCAAUAUCGACCCUGCUUCUCACACCAACGACCAUAUUCCCUUCUCGGAUAAUACUCUGAAGCUCUAUAAACAGAUGCAAUCAUGGGGAGAUGCUCAGGAGAGCCAAUUCCGAGUCUUUGCUGCUAACAAAGACGAAGUUCGUUUACGAUAUGAGCCGAUGAAGAACCAGUCACGCCAAUUUCUUCACUUGCUCGCUGAGGACUUCGGCUUCGAGAGUAAGAGUGAGGACUACGACAUUCACCGAUCUGUUCUAGUGUGGAAAUCAGAUAAGUUUGUUUCAGCCCCGGCAAAGACACUUGCGCAGUGUGUCAAGAUCCGAGCAACCCAAGCUGCCGAAGCUGCGGCUGCGGCUGCCAUUCGACCUCCGAGCCCCCCAAUUCUCGAGACUGAGCCUUUCAAUGCUCUGGUACUUACGGAGCCUCGCUUCGGUCUGACCAUCGAGGAAGUCAAUACUGCCCUUGAACCGGAUCUCAUAUCCCUGCAAGGCUUCAGUUUCAAGGUUGAUUUUCUGAACGAUGAAGUUCUCAUCAAAGCUUCAGUCUCAUAUUCCGCAUUUCUCACACCAGCACCCAUGGAAAAGAGCCUAGAGAUUCUCAAACCUCGGAUCAAGCAGACUAUCCGCCGCGAAAAGCUCGCUGAAAGCGUCUUGCUCUGUCACGCAGACGCUACCGGUGCAAUUUCUCGGCGAGAGGUACCCCUCCGGACCGGUACUGGAGGAUGGAGUGCCAUAGCUGGACGCGCGGCUUCUAGAGCAAUGUCCUCAUCUUCUACUCCUGCACCCGAGGAGGCAAAACCCGGACGCAAACUACUUCUAGGACUCAAAAAGAAGAGGCCGCAACAGCCGGAGGCGGGAAAGGUGUGGGCCGCUCUUGAUGGUGACGUUGAAUGCUAG